CCCAGCCUGUACUGCUGCGCAUGAUACCUUCUUCUCGAAAGCCCUCCGUAUCCUUCUGAAGUCCUUCUAACAAACAAAUCUAACCUGAUAAAUUACUUAUUACCAGCAUAGAGAAAGAACUUACCUUCAGUUCAUCGUAGGUGUAGCCGGCGCGUCAAAUGGCCACAGCCACCACCAUCAACGAUCUCCCUGAUGUGAUUUUAUCAAACAUUUUCGCCUCCAUCUCCGAUACCAGAACACGGAAUUCGCUUUCUUUGGUGAACAGGAAAUUCUUGUCAUUGGACAGAGCCACGCGCACCUCCCUCACGCUCCGGGGAAACGUUCGGGACCUUUACAUGAUUCCGAACUGUUUCAGAUCCGUGACUCACCUUGACCUUUCUCUCCUCUCGCCGUGGGGUCACUCUUUGCUAGCCUCUCCUGUGCCGUCGGAUCCUAUCCUCCUGGCUCACCGCCUCAGCGUUGCGUUUCCACUUGUUACAUCCCUUACCGUGUACGCUCGAUCUCCUUCAACUUUGCAGAUCCUCCUUCAGUGGCCGGGAUUGUGCAGCGUGAAGAUCAUACGGUGGCAUCAGCGGCCGUCAUCGUCUCAUCUUGGAGCCGACUUUGUACCUUUAUUCAAGCAAUGUCAAAUGCUUACAUGUCUCGAUCUGUCGAAUUUCUAUUACUGGACGGAGGAUCUGCCGCCUGUCCUCCAGGCGUACCCCGAUGUUUCCAAGUCCUUGACUUGCUUAGAUCUGCUUACAGUUUCAUUAACUGACGGGUUUAAGGCACAUGAAAUUCGAGUAAUCACUGCUGCUUGUACAAAUCUCACAAAAUUCCUUGUAGUUUGUAUGUUCGAUCCAAGUUACCUUGGAUUCAUUGGAGACGAGACGCUGCUUGCUAUUGCUGCUAAUUGUCCCAAAUUAUCGGUUCUUCAUCUUGUCGAUACGUCAUCCUUGGGGAACACAAGGCAUGAUCCCGAGGACGAAGGGUAUACAGGGGAGGAUGCUCGGAUCAGUGUUGUAGGGUUGGUUGAUUUUUUCUCUGGACUUCCAUUGCUUGAAGAGUUGGUUCUUUGCGUUUGCAAGAAUGUUAGAGAUAGUGCUGUGGCUUUCGAAGCACUUAAUUCCCGGUGUCCCAAGUUGAAAGUUCUCAAUCUAGAGCAAUUCCAUGGUAUUUGCAUGGCUGUGGAGUCCCAGCUUGACGGAAUUGCAUUGUGUUCAGGGCUGGAGUCGUUGUCUAUAAAGAAGGCAGCAGAUUUGACAGACAUGGGUUUGAUAGAGAUUGCAAGAGGAUGUCAUAAACUGGCAAAAUUUGAAGUUGAGGGAUGCAAGAAGAUUACAAUGAAGGGCAUAAGGACAAUGGCUUCUUUGCUUCACAAGACUCUGAUUGAGGUCAAGAUCUCUGCUUGUAAGAAUCUGGAUACUGCAGCAAUUUUGAGAGCUUUAGAGCCUAUUCGUAGUCGAAUUGAGAGACUCCAUAUUGACUGCAUAUGGGAUGGUUUGCCAGAGAGCACUUGUGCUGCUAAUCAUAGUUUUAACCUCAAUGAUAAUCUCUUUGAUGAGUCUUCCAGCAAGAAUAAAAGACUCAAGUAUUCUUCUGACGCUCGUUAUGUGGAAAGCGAUUUAGAUGGAUUUUGGUGCAAGUCCUGGGAUAAACUCAGGUAUCUCUCUCUUUGGAUUGGUGUUGGUGAGCUUCUAAAUCCAUUGCCAAUGGCUGGUCUCGAAGAUUGUCCUAGUUUGGAGGAGAUACGGAUACGGGUUGAAGGGGAUUGCAGAGGCAGGCAUAAGCCAUUACAGCAUGCAUUUGGAUUGAGCUGCCUUGCACAAUAUCAUCGGUUGUCAAAGAUGCAGCUGGAUUGUAGUGACACAAUAGGUUUCGCGUUGACUGCCCCAUCUGGGCAAAUGGAUUUAAGCCUGUGGGAGAGGUUUUUCUUAAAUGGCAUUGGUAAUUUGAGUCUCAACGAGCUUGAUUACUGGCCACCACAAGACAGAGAUGUUAACCAAAGGAGUCUGUCGCUUCCAGGAGCUGGGUUGCUGGCAGAAUGUCUUACACUGAGGAAGCUCUUUAUACAUGGUACAGCCCAUGAGCAUUUCAUGAUGUUCCUUCUCAGAAUUCCAAACCUGAGGGAUGUACAACUUAGGGAAGACUACUAUCCAGCACCAGAAAACGACAUGAGUACAGAAAUGAGAGCAGAUUCUUGCUGCCGGUUUGAAGAUGCCUUGAAUAGGCGACAUAUUCUUGACUGAAAUAUGCAAAUUUCCGACAAUUUUGGAUAACCAAAAGCAUAUUACAUUGGAAGUUUUGGCAGUUGUUUACAUGUGUUUGUACUGAAACUGGGGAAAGACGUGAUUUGUGCUUGGUCGCUUACGCUGUUUUUUAGAAUUUCAUUCAUGCAGAAAGGAACUGUAUGGCGUGUGCAAAUUUCCAACAGUUAAAAAUUUCCAUA